AAAUUGUGUCUAUUUUGUUUGCAGCUCUGAUCCGUUCGGUACAGCCCUAUACAGUCAUUGGUACAGCUCUGAGCAGCGCCAGCCGGACUGGACAGAAGAGAUCGCCGCUAGUUCUCCGUGAAGAGCGAAUCACCUCGGCGCGUUCGUCACAAAUAAAACCACACAGCCAGAAGGUAGCCUAUUCUCCGUCGAUUCAUGGAAUUAUUGUCAGGUGGCGUAGGUUGCAUUUAUUACCAAUUCAGUUCGAUAGUUGUGGCUUCUACCCAUCCUGCCUGAAGGUCACAAGCGGAGCUGCUCAGCACGGACCGCCGCGCCCCUUCAGGACUUCGUCAUCCAGGGACUCUGCAACGAAGGGAUGGGGGGACAACGAGCUGCAUUGGAGGAGUGAGGGAAGUCUGAGGGCAACAGGAUCUGAAAAGGAAGAUUUGGCUGAUAUAGAGGAGGGAGUAGGUAACCCCAGGACUUAAGAAGGAAAGAGGAAGGGGAGUGGGGGGUUAGGUGCAGGGCUGGACUGCAGGACAGGACUGCAGGACAGAAGGACUGGAUGCUAGCCUCAGUAGGCCCCAGCAGGUCCCAGCUCCCACAGAGAUGGCCUCCAACUUCAACGACAUCGUCAAGCAGGGAUACGUCCGUAUGCGGAGCAGGAAACUGGGGAUUUACCGUCGCUGCUGGCUGGUGUUUAAGAAGUCGUCCAGUAAAGGACCACGCAGACUGGAGAAGUACACUGAUGAGAAGUCCGCUUACAUCAGAGUCUGUCCUAAGGUGACAGAGAUCAGCCAUGUGAAGAAUGUCACAAGGCUCCCAAGGGACACCAAGCGCCAGGCGGUAGCCAUCGUCUUUACCGAUGACACCUCGCGCACGUUCACCUGUGAAUCAGAGCUAGAAGCAGAGGAGUGGUUCAAAACUCUGUCAAUCGAAUGCCUGGGUACCCGCCUCAAUGACAUCAGUCUAGGAGAGCCGGACUUGCUGGCAGCAGGUGUUCAGUGUGAACAUACAGAGCGUUUCAAUGUGUUCCUACUGCCCUGUCCUAACCUGGACAUCUAUGGAGAGUGUAUGAUGCAGAUCACCCAUGAGAAUAUCUACCUGUGGGACAUCCACAACCCUCGCACCAAACUGGUCACCUGGCCUCUCUGCUCCCUGCGCCGCUACGGACGAGAUGCCACGCGCUUCACCUUCGAGGCUGGACGGAUGUGUGACAGUGGAGAAGGCCUGUACACAUUCCAGACACGGGAGGGAGAACAGAUCUACCAGAGAGUCCACUCCUCCACCCUGGCCAUUGCUGAGCAGCACAAGAGAGUUCUGAUGGAGAUGGAGAAGAACAGCAGAUUGUCUAAAGGUUCUGAGACGGGCUCCUACCCCUGUACCCCCACAGCCAUCCUGCCCCGCAGUGCCUUCUGGCACCAUAUCACUGGCACUCAGGGGGGCAUGGACCCAGCCCAUGGUGACAUGUUUGGUGGUUCUCAGACUGGCGCUGAUGCAGACCUGCUCUCCACCCGGCUGCCCUCAGAGCCACGCCACGCUACCAUGCCCCUGGCACACAGCCGACACUCCCCCGCCCGUUACCCCACCUACCCCAGCCAGUGAUCCCAGGGGUGCAUUGCAGACCCCUAGCCUCCACUCUGUACCCUGCACUCCUCCUAUUCUCCUUUCUCUGCAGUGCUUACCUCAACUCCAUGCCCCCUCAUCUACCUUCCAGCCAAUCAGGUUGGGUUGUGGGGAGUGGGUUCUCCGAUGGGGUCAUAUGACCUCCCCUAAAGAUGGGAGCUCUGUGAAGCAGGACGUGACAGCGCUUCUGGUCUUCUCUUCUUCUUCCAAAGGCUGGUUACCUGAAGGAACUUCAACUCCCAGAAUUGAUCACGGUGGGGGCAAAGUGCAUUGUGCGAGCCAGCAGUGGCUUGUUGCCUCUUAGUGAGCUGACAUUGUGGCAUGGUGCAUCUCUCUUUGCUCUGCUGUGGGUGUGGAGGAGGAACAGGAGGAGGAUGGGUGUGAGCUGUAAGGAUGUGAUUUAGUGUCCUCUCUAACCCCUGUCAAAUCUUAUUUUCUGAUGGGAUUCAGUCAGCUCUCCAUCACCUGAACCCCCUUCGCGACAGACCUCUUCAUGUACCUCAUGCCAGCUCUUAGCAAAGUUCAAUGUUAGGGGCUCAGGACGUCCCCAUACCGCUCUUAUUGGUGGCAGAACAGUAGGACCCCUUCCUACCACCCCUGCUCUCCAGCAUGAUAAGGAUUGUGGCGCUCGCUCCAACCCAUAACCUCAAUCUGACAGACACAUAUGUAAGACAACAGUUUCCUCCCAAGAACUGGCCUUGGCUUCCUUCUUCAACUCUGUGUGUGGGUGGAAGAGGGACUGUCUCUGGACUAUUAUCCAACCAAACACCUGGUCUAAUUCCACAGAGAAACAAAGGACCACUUGUCUUUCAUCUUUCUUUCUUUCUUUCUUUUUUGUAUUACUUGUAGCAGACUUAACAACCUGACUUUACCUUGUAUACUGUUCUGUACGAUAAGAAAAAUAUACAUAGAUUUUUCUGGGAGGAUAGAGAGAGGCAGUGAUGAGAGGGAGGGAGAGCCAUAUGCCUCUGAAGUCAUGACUUCGUUUGUUGUUUUCUCUUGGUUUCCUGCCAUUGGGUUGUGAAGACAUCCUAGGCUGUUCAUAAUAUGGUAAUGGAACCCUGUCCUCUGUGUGUGUGUGUGUGUGUGUGUGUGUGUGUGUGUGUGUGUGUGUGUGUGUGUGUGUGUGUGUGUGUGUGUGUGUGUGUGUGUGUGUGUGUGUGUGUUUGUGUACUGCAUGAAUGGGAUACACAGUUACUGACAUUUGGCCUCUUUAAAACCUAUGUUAAGAGAGAAUUUAGACAUGGCUUUAAAACCUAUGUUAAGAGAGAAUUUAGACAUGGUAAAUAAUAAGCUAGAUUUAAAAAUGUAGACGUCACAAAGAUGUAGCCACUCCCUCAAACCUCAUCAUUAUUGUGGAGGUCCUUGGUCUGAGGGAGACACCAGGGACUGUGUCAUAGUGUGGCUCCACAUUGAGUUUCCUGUCAGGCACAAGAGUGUAAUGAACUAGUGAAGUUGUGAUAACCAUUAUUAAUGUCCCGUGUUUUUAGUUUCACAGACUUUCUGGUGUGUGGGGUGGGUUACCGCCUGACCAAAAUGGUUCUUGACAUGUGUGCACUUGAAGAUGUUUUUUUUCCUUAUUUUUUAAAUGUGUUUUUGAUAAAUCAGGAGCCAUUGCUCUUAAUUUGGGUCAUGUGAGGGAUAAGCACAGAUCUAGGGCGGGUCCAUAAGUUACCUGCCUCAGAGACCCUCGCAUGGAGUCCUAUUGUUUUAGGGCUGUAGCCUAGAUACUGCUAGUGGGUUAGUUAGUAGAUGACUGCUGCACAAAGAGAGAAAAACAUGUUUUUAUAGCUGGAAGUAUAAAACCUGCCCUCUACACAGUUCUUACAUAAGAUUGGGUUUAUAACUAAUAAUGCAAAUUAUUUAAACCCAUCUCAACAUUAGCAGAUUUGAUUGACUAUGAACUAAGACUUUCCAACGGUGUAUUCAUUUGUGACACUUGGAUAUAACCCAACUAAUGCACCCUGUAGUUAGAGAUUGGACUAAUUUGAAAUAUAUAUAUAUAUAUAUAAAUAUACAGUAUUUCACCACUGUUAAAGUUAUUGUAUGUGAAGCUUAUAAAAUUAGGUCAUUUUCUAAUCUCCUUGACUAGGUGUAAUGUUAUUUAUUUGAGUUGGCCAGAGUGGGACAUUCUGAUGUCUAAGGCUACUUAUUAAAUGCUGGAAUCCAAUAAAACACACAUUUACAGCUUCUGUAUUAUUUAUCUCAUGUUAACAUAAAGGGCUAAGCUUUUUGUUGAACAUAAUCUUUACCCUAUGUAUUUGUGUUUGUGUACAUACAUGAGUUGUUGUUGCUGCCCUCUUGGGCUCUUGAAAAUACAGCUAUUUAUUUCACAUCGUGUGGUCUCUAGAUGUGUGUGUGUGUGUGUGUGUGUGUGUGUGUGUGUGUGUGUGUGUGUGUGUGUGUGUGUGUGUGUGUGUGUGAGAGAGUGUGAUGUGUAUGUCUGAAUGUUCUGUGACAGGGAUUGUCUGGGGAUAUUUCUUUGAAAUGCAUGCACUCAACACAUUUUUAUACUGUGUAACGACGGUAAGAUUGAAAUGUUGUGGACUUGUUCGCCCAGAUAUGUGGGUGGAGAUUUUUAGAGACGUUUACUUGGCACAGGGAAAUAAAAAAAAACUAAGAUUCAACUGAUCAUGGGGUCAUCUAAGUGAUUUACUGAUUGGAUGAAAGAGAGAUGUUACCAUGGGGACGAUGUAUGGAGGGGAAGGAUUGAUGCAAGACUUCUGGAAUGAGAGGAGUCUUCAUACUCCCUCUAUGGGUCCUAAACUAUCACGUUUCAGUCCCCUUGACCUCCUCUCCUUACAACUCUUUUGCCUUCACAUAUGUUUCAGUCGCUGCUCCUUCUCUUGGUUCACUUUUUUAUUGUCGCCGGCUGGUGAAAACCUCAUCUCCAAAACAGAAACGUUUCAGGAAAUUGAAAAGAUUAGAACAUUUUCCCAUGAACAAACAUACAAUUAUGAAACUUCCGAAGCUAUUUUGAAUAGGAUUUAUUGGUCCCAGAGUCGUGAGGUUCAGAGUACAUUGAGGGGAGUUAGUGCUUUAAAUAAAUGUAAAAAUAAAACAUUUGGCAAAACAUUUUGUUGGGUUUUCAUCAGACAGCGAGCGACAUUACGGAAACUGCUUGUAUAGUUUUUUCAUAACAAUUAUAUCGGCCAAAUCCCUCCUGGAUAAGAAUUGCAAUAGGACUGGAUAUCUAAUGAUGGAUUGAACAUCUGUUUAUUGUGGAGGUGAAAAUGUUGUUUUAUUACAAUGUUUGUAAAAAUUUCAACGGCAUUUUGGAUCACUCCUUAGAUUUGUGGUUGAUACUGGGUUUUUUUCUCCACAGAAUGUACAUGUUUCUCAACAUCAAUACCAGUACUUAUUUGCAUAGCAGGCACACAAAUGCAAACUUUACCUCGCAUGUCACAUAUUUUGCUAUCUUUGGUUUGCCAGUUGUCCAGCAUAGUCUUAGGUUCAUGAACUGAUUUCUGCUGGUGAGGAAUGGCUUGGACAAGCUGAGGUCCCCAAAUGUCCACCUCCAAACACGUUCCUCCUCCAUGUUAAUAAUACACCUGCUAAAUGUGUAUCCAGAAAGUUUGAUAAGAGUUUAAUUCGUCAAAGCAUUUUUACAGAGACAAAGAUGUUUGUGUUCCGUAGGAAAAUGGUUUAUCUCAGACAUUCACCACAAAUGAUUGGUUUAUGUUCGUUGUACUAUUCCUAGUAUCUGUUUAGGUUAGUUUGCACCUAAUGGAGGACUUCUAAAACCAACCUCCCCUCCUCUCCAAAAAGAAAGGAGGACCAAGUCACUCUUCAUAUAAUUAAUUAAAUUGCCUUUAUUUGUAUGGCACGUCCAAUGUAAACAAAGUUGAAAUGCUCCUCUCUGCCAGGGUUUCUCCCAGCUAGAGCUGUGUUACUUUUCUCUGAGAGCACAGAGAAAACAACGCUUUCACCUUCUCAUCAAUCUGGACGUUACAGCCCCACACAGUCACUAGAACAUUGGGAAUAGUGCUUAAAUUGAUCUUGAAAUUAACAACAUUAAUACGAUACAUUGUCAUCGGUCUCGUAACAUACUUUGCUCUGUCUCUGUGCUCGGUGCAUUUCCUUUGGGUGAGGCACGUGGUGUGAUUUGGGGAGACCACACUAAACAGGACAUAUUAGGACUAUAGUUUUGUGUGGACUCAGCGCCUGGGACCCUGAUGUAGGUCUGCUAUGAGCAUGUUGCCAUUGAAAACCCUGUUGCAUGAAUUCCUUGAACAAAAUGCCAUGUGUGUCCUGUAAUGUUUGUGGUAUUAACAUUUUGUAGUUUUUACUAUAAAAAAAAUACACUGUAAAGAA